AUGGAAGCCGCUAAACCAGCUACACAGAAUGCUGGCAACCACGCUGCCUUGGCGACUGGCGGGUACGAGUUCCCCGGCAUCCCUAAGAUUGACGACCCCUACGAGAAACGCCAGUGGCAGCUCGAGCACAUGGCCGGUGCCUUUCGCGUGUUCGCUCGCAAGGGCUUCACUGAAGGGACGAGCGGUCAUAUCAGCGUGAGGGAUCCAGUCGACCCAACGACUUUCUGGAUCAACCCUAUGGGGAAGCACUUUGGCAUGCUGAAAGCGAGCGACAUGGUGCAGAUCGACGAGAACGGCCAGGUCAUCGGCGGCAACAAGGCCGCCAUCAACGCAGCAGGCUUCAUGAUUCACAGCGCCAUCCAUCGUGCUCGCCCUGACAUCCAUGCUGCCUGCCAUACGCACUCGCCCGCGGGGAAAGCGUGGUCCACCUUCGGCAGGCCCCUCGACAUCAUCAACCAGGAUACCUGCAACUUCUGGGGCACACAAGCAGUCUACAAGUCCUUUGGUGGUGUCGUUCUGGGGGCUGAAGAGGGCGAACGUAUUGCCGAGGCACUUGGGGCCAGAGGUCGGGUCGUUGUUCUCCAGAAUCAUGGUCUUCUGACGACUGGGGGUACGGUUGAUGAGGCUGCCUAUCUAUUUACCCUCAUGGAGCGGUCUUGCGAAGUCCAGAUUAUGGUCGAGAGCACGGGGUUGCCAAAGAAUUUCAUCGGCGAGAAGGAAGCUGAGUUCACGGCCAAAGUGAACGCUGACCCAGAAACACUCUAUACUGAAUUUCAACCCGACUUUGAGUACGAGAUCUGGAAGUCGAAUGGAGAACUAUGCAAGGGAGAAUAA